AUGUCACAAGUUAUUUUAAAUAAGCUUAGCAUGUUUGUAUUGUCUGAAGAUAUUUUCAGUCUAAUCAUAGUUUAUUUGUGUUGUUAUUGUAUAAAGAAUGCAUUGGCGAGAAGGAAAAUAAAAGGAAAGAAAAGAAACCCUGAAGGUAAUCUUGGUAGGGACGGAAGACGAAAGCAAAGAAGAAAGAAACCAAAACCUGAGUUGAAUGUAGUCAAAAACGUGAGUAAUAGCAAACAACACAAUAUCACUCUAAUUUAUCUUAAUCCUUCUAACAAGAUAAGAAUAGCAGCAACGGAGAGCUGUAAUCGAAAUGGAAACACGUUUUCAGCAUAA